AUGGGCAUACUCCAGAGUCACGAAGCCGCAAGAGGUCACCUUUGGCCCUCCCAGGGGCGGCAGGAUCACUAUGGCUCUUCUUCAAAAGCCUCCGCUACUCACUGCCAUGUGGGUCAAGGCAAGGCAAAGGGAUUUCUUCCCGCAUUUCGCAUUGGAGAGAUGAAGCUCAAGGACGCCACUACCAGCAACACCACGGCUUCCAGCUGCUGCACAACGCGGUGUGGCAGCAGUCGUAGUGGAACAAGCAUCGCUCCUGACUUGGAAUCCUGGGUAGCGAGUGGGAGGGGGGGGAAAGGCACUGCCCGGACGGCAGUGACAAUGACGAGGUGUACAGACAGCUCCUGGGAACGCAGCGAGAGUGCGCAGGCCGUCAGCGGCAAAGAAGACGUAAGCCCCAUAGCGUUCGAUCCGGCUGGCAGCUUAUCUGCGCAACAGGAAGCCUCCCUGCGUGACGCAGAGAGGUCUGUAGGAGGGAAAUCUCGCCACACUCGCGGCAUGCGGAGUCUGUUGGUACCUCUCAAGCUACGCGGAUCUGGCCGAUGCCACUCCCAGCCCCCAGAGACCAACCAUUCCGAAGGAAGCACUGCCUCUUGUGGUGGCGACUUGCUGGCAGAUUGCCGAAGCGUCUCAGCUGCAGCCGCCGCCGCCGCUCUGCGCGCGCAUGUCGAGCGAGAAGAGCAAGAGCACCGUCGCAGGCGGCACAGCGACCUUUUCUUUCUCCCCUCUUCUUCGUCUGCUUCCCCGAGUUCUGCCUUGCAAAAGAGAGGCGAGUUUCCACUGGCUCAGGAGCGCUGCCUAGCAGACGCGAAGCCUGCGGGCAGCAGCAUCCCCCCUCACUUGCCGCUGUCUGCCGAGAACGUCGACGCAGCUGAGGCUUCGCAGUCCUGUGAGACGGCAGACACUGCGACAAGUUCCGAGCUACCGCAGCCCAGUCAGCCUUGCAGCUGGAUAGCAGACACCCCUCCAGACGGCCAGUGGGAAAUUGAACGGGGGGUUUGGAAUCGGCAGGGGGUGCACUUGAACCACACGUUUGUCGUAGACGAGCGGUACAAGGCAAUGCAGGCUACGCUGCCGCGGCGUGGGAGCAGGCAAGACAGCAGCGCAGCGGCUUGCUUGCAAAGCCACUUCCCGUGCUCCCAUGGCCCUUCCAAGCCAGCCAUCAUUACCCCCUUCGCAAGCCGCUUGCAGAAGCAGCUGCAGCAGCAGCAGCAGCAGCGGCUGCAUGCGAGUGCAGAGACGCCCUUAGUGCCAAUGACGCACAGAGGCGUCGCUGCAGCGACCACCAUUGAAAUUGCACGAAAGCGGCAAGCGAAGGAAGCGCUGCGCAGGCUGCAGCAGCACCGUCUCAUUACCGACCAAGAGGCACAGCAAGCUCCCCCUGCCGCAGCUCCCGCCUUCGCCACACCCGAAGCAAAAUCAGCAUGCAGCGACUCAGAAAAAAGCGAAGCAGCACGCUGGAAAACACAAAAGGCAACGCGAAACGGGGGGGUCCCACCUGCUGUCUGCGGUGCUGCCCAUGGGGACGCUGCAGGCCUUACCCCGGGGUGUACAGACAGUGUAAGCGCUUCUCCGAGAGGCAGCCUCGCUGCCUCCGCAGGGAUGCCUACGCCGCUGAGCGAGGCGCGUUUGCGAGGCUGGGAGGAAGCCUCUCAAGAGACACGCGCUUGUCGUGGGAACGCGACGCAUGCGCAGGGGGGGAGACUACCAGCCGUCACGGUGAUCCCCUGCUCACAAGGAGGUCAUGCACAACACACACCUGCUCUGCAGGAAGAAGUGCUCUCUUCUGCUACAACAGCUACUCACAAAAUGCGAUACGAUGCUAUUUCUUCUUCCUCUCCAAAUGGACGCGUCGAAAACGACAAUCAAGCGAUUCGACCCUCUUCUUCGCGAUAUCACCAACAAAAAAACGCUUUUGUCGCGAAGCCACGCACAAACAUGGGGGGGGCCACCGGGAAGGAGGCUUUGGAGGGUACUUGGGGAAGGCCUGCGUGGGCGGCGCUUCGUGAGACGCCGGGAAGGCGUGCUUGCGCGGCAGCCUCCGAGCAGCACCACUCGUUCAAACCCUCCCCUCGUCUCCUAAAUAGGGCAAUAAGUAGAGGCAGAGCGUCUUUCUGGCACUCCUCCUGCGGUGCGCCCCAGGAGGCGAGGCUCGCCUCUUGCCUGCCUACCCUGCUGCAACGCUGUGAAGGACUCGCUCAGCAGGCUGUGAGAAAAUUUCGCUCUAAUGCUAAAUCUGAAGCGCGCGAAGCGACCAGGCCUGCGUGUUUCCGCCUGCUGCAACCGAACCGAACCCACUGCUCCCAAAUUGACAGCAACGCUUGGUGCAGCGCCGUUCGCAGCCACGAACAGAAUGCGUGUGGUUUCUCGGCAGCAGCAAAGCCGCCAUAA